GGGCGGGUGAGAUUUAGUAAUUAGCAAUGGAAGAUGGAGCGGCGAGAACCUAUGGAGAUAGAAGCAGAAACGUAGCUCACAUGUGGAGCCAGUGGCAAUUGCUUGAUUCCGUUCUUCCAACGGGCGGAUUCGCUCAUUCUUUUGGGCUAGAGGCAGCAAUUCAAGCGCGUCUAGUGACGGGACCUGAAGAUCUGAAAACGUAUGUGAUCCAUGUUCUCGAAAACACCGCGAGUCUUCUUCUCCCUUUCGUUUACUCUGCAACUAUUUCUCCGGACAUGGAAACCUGGCACAAGCUUGAUCGGACGCUGGAGGCCACGCUAACGAACGAUGUGAGCCGAAAGGCGUCAAUUUCGCAAGGAUCUGCACUCAUGAGAGUUGCCUCUGCGGUUUUCUCGGAACUCCCGAUUCUCAAAGCGAUGAGAGACACCUCUCUGUGUAGCGGAAAUGUGAGAUUCCACCAGGCGCCGAUCUUCGGUAUGGUUUGCGGGCUUCUCGGAAUGGAUCCAGAAGCUUCUCAAAAGGGCUACAUGUACAUAACAAUGAGAGAUUUGGUGUCUGCUGCAACAAGGUUGAAUCUUGUGGGACCCCUGGGUGCAGCAGUUUUGCAACACCAGAUUGCUUUAAUCUCCGAUGAUUUGUCCAGAAAAUGGAUGGGCCGUCCUGUGGAAGAUGCGUGCCAGACUUGUCCAUUGAUCGACACUGUGCAGGGCUGCCAUGGUUACUUGUUUUCCAGGCUCUUUUGCUCCUGAAUUCCUAUGGACAUAAAUUUGCUGCCUGCCGAUAAUGCCUACUGCCCUUAGUCCCUUACUAUGCAACUUAGCUGCUUAAAUUCUUGGUCAAACUUGGCAAAGUUUUAAGGGACGGAGGUAGUACAUCUUUAUAAAAAGUGUUGCUAGCUCAGACAUGCUAGCAAGUAGCAAGUAUGGGUUUAUUGUGCUGAACUGAUUUGCAAGGGCUCUAUAUUAGGUCAGCCCUUAGGCUAUUAUGCCGGCUUUAGAAGGAUGGAUUCAACUUGCUCACUAGCCCGGAUCACAGGAAUACUUUUCUACUAUUCUCACCGAAAUUGAUUGUGAAUCGGCUUCAGGCUAAGAAAGAAGAGUCAUGUUCAACCGAUUGAAGAAAGCCUGGUUCGAUAUUAGGCAUAGCUUAAGAAACAAGAACAAGUAUGUAAUGGUAAGUGCAGAAUUGCAAUUUCGGGGCCGUUUCCUUAAUUAACAAGAAUUUGGAAACUCAUUUUUCUAAAUAAUUAGCACAAUGAGAGGUACAUAAUCUUUUAAUAUAGUUUGUGUGCCAAACUAAUCAUUCAUGCUGUAAAACUAAAUCUAGCAACCCUAGAAACAAUAUUGUGUUUUCUGAAUGACUAGUCCAAGGACAAAAGUAUCUUAUGUAGAAAAGGUUGAUAAGAUAUGCAAGGACUCAAAAGUAUCUUAUCUUUGUUUUAAAAAGAAUUUUUCACUUUUCUUAUUAGGAUGUCUCCAAAUAAACUUCACUUUUUCAUAAACGGGAAUUGUUUAUAGUAAAUGUUACAACUACAUUUACUUUUACUUAUUAAAUAAAAAAAACAAAUAAAAAAAAUAGAACCGGACCCGGCCCGGCCCGGAACCGGUGGUAACCCGGGGCCGGUCCCGGGUCUUCACCCCAACCUUCAAAAGCCCGUCGGGUCUAGGCCCGACCCAGGCCCGGCCCAGCCCGAGUCCAAGCCCAACCCCAGAGGUAAAUACAGGGGUCCGCCAGGGAUGGAUCUAUGUUACAGAUAUGGUAGUUUACAGAUGUUAUAUAAGAUUCACCCACACUUAGUAUUGGUAGUAUUUCUAGGGUCGUCUAGAGCAAUUGUGAGGGCCCUAGGCAAUCAUAAAGACGAUUUGUUUCUUAAUACAUAUAGAUCCAUAGAGCCGACAAACGAUUUUAUAAUCAAGUCAUUUGUGACAUAAUUUGUUCUUCUCUUUGUACACCCUGUGUCCCUGAAUCAUGUUUUUGUUUUUUCCAUCACCACAAAACCUACAAGUUUAUUCAAAAUAAUACUAAACCCGUCCUACUAAUCAUGAGACAUGAGAAGUAUGUGUGUUUAUUAAAAAGGUGCGUUGAUAUGGUUGAUAUUGAUCAAAUUGAUAAAGUUAGAAAAAAGUAAAAUGACUUAAAAUCACACAAAUUUUAUCAAUUUUGGUUGAGAAAUCUUAGUAUGACGGGCUUAAAAGGAAAAAUUAGACAAUCUUAAUGGGACGGAGGGAAUUGUAAAUAAGUAAAUGCUUCAUAAAUAAAAACGAACCGCUCAUCAUAAAUAUGAUACUAAGAUUAUAAACAUUCAAUAUUUUAAUCAAAGUAUCAAACUCACAUGUCACAAUUUAACUACAUAAAAAUUUUGUACACCUAAAUGAGUAAUUGAGUGUUUGAGAAAAGUAUAAAGUAUAAUUCAAUACUUUAAUUAUACUUAUUAUGUAGUUGUUUUAAUACAUUCACAAGUACUUAUUACAAUCAAAUUUUUAUUUUACAUGACUAAAUGAGUAAUUGAGUUGUUUAAGUAAAUAAAGAGAUUUAUGGAUGAUUGUUUAUACUUGUAUUGCACUUACCGUAAUACAAUUGCAAUACAAGUAUACUUCGGAUGUUUUCUUUUGGGCGGUUUUUAGUCCCAGACCAGAUCAAACCAGACUAGACUUCCGUAGUUAUAAAAUACACAGAGACCAGACGUUUACCAGACCAGUUCAGACCAGACCAGAUCAGCAAAUUCCAAUGCAAAAGAAAACAUCAUUAGACCCUACUCCCUAGCCGCACUAACAAUUGAAAAAAAGAACUAAACAACUCAACAAUGUGCAAUCUAACAAAAGUAAUCCACUAUCUAAUGAAAUGAACUAAAUCAAAUUGUUAGAAGAAUUACAAGGUCUGUGUUUAAAGGUACGAAGUGUUAAACGGCUUGGCUGCUGGAAAUCUCUCUCUCUCUAGGGUUGCCUUCGGGUAACGCUUAGCGUUUUUUCGUCCGCCAUCGACUUAGUCGAGGGGUGGGGCUGGGGUUUCUCCGACCGUUUUGUGGAUUCUCGUUUGUUUGUUUUUAGUAAUUCGGCUUUGGGAAGUGAUUCGAUCGCAAAGAGGGUUUGUUUCGAUGGAUUUGGUGCUGAGACGGGCGGCGGUUGAUUCGAUGCGGCUAGAUCGAAGGAGCUUCAAACUGCGGCAAGGUUCUGGCAGAAGGUUAAAGCAACAGUUUUGCAUGGAAAGCUUUGUGAACAAGUACAAGAAGAUGGCGAUUGUGGACAAGUACAAGGACAAGUACAACUCUAUUUUAAUUCCGUUUUAUUCAGUUCGUGUUUUUCUGUCGAAUUGCAUGUUGUUUUGGACGCAUAGGCGGAGAUAGGGGUAGGCCAACCUUAGCCCUGGCCCUGUCCAAAUUUCAAAAAUGCUUUUAUUUUUAGUGUAAAAAAUUCCGAGCAAAAAAAAUUCAAAAAAUAUUCUUUGUAUCGGCCCAUUACGGCCCAGUGUCCUGGCUCCGCCCCUGUUUAGACGUGUUCUUUUUUCCUAGCAGAUAAAUUCUUGAAUUUAGGAUAGGUGAUGAGAAGUCUGGUUUGUCAGUCAUUGGCUCGGUUAAGCCCAUUACAGGAUCAGCGAAUAUUAUUGCUUCUACAGAGGUGAUAGAUUCUCAUUCUGGUUCAAGGGCGGACGGCAGACAUAAGACUUUUUAUCGUUUUGUUUACUUCUUUUUCCUUGAUUGUAUUAUCAGCCAUGUGACGAAC